GAGGAAGAGUGCAGGGUGCGCUCCAUCCACAGCCUCACUACACCGGACUGUCAUCCUCUGAGCGGCCGCCUGCAUCUCCAGCUGCUCUCCGCAGAGCUCCACUGCCGUUUCACCGGGUUUUACGCUUCACGGAUGUAGCAUGGAUCCCGUUUAAGGGCACCACCAAACCGACAGCAGUUUCGUUUCUUAAAUUCUCUCAAAGCUCGUUCGGCUCAAGUCAGAAUAAUGAUGGAGUACUGGAGGCAGUGCGCGCUGUGGCUGAUCAACUGCAAGGUGCUUCCAGCGAGCCACCGGGUUACAUGGGAGUCCGCUCAGGUGUUCGACUUGGCGCAGACCCUCCGGGAUGGAGUCCUGCUGUGCCACCUGCUCAACAACCUGCGGCCCCAGUCCAUCAACCUGAAGGAGAUCAACCUCCGACCUCAAAUGUCACAGUUCCUUUGCCUGAAGAAUAUCAGGACUUUCCUGGCGGCGUGCAACGAGACGUUCGGCAUGAAGAAAGGCGAGCUGUUCGAGGCCUUUGACCUUUUUGACGUCAGGGACUUUGGAAAGGUUAUGGAUACACUAUCUAAACUCUCCCACACAGUGAUCGCGCAACAAACUGGAAUCAGGCCUUUUCCUACAGAAGAGAGUGUUGAAGAUGAGGACAUCUACAACCACCUGGAGGACCUCAUAGAUGAGAACGGAGUGGAGGACGAGGAGGAUCUGUAUGACUGCGUGUACGAUGAUGAAGAUGGCGGGGAAAUCUAUGAGGAUCUGAUGAAGACAGAAGCCAUCCCUCCUCCGGCGUUCCAGAAGCAGGCAGAGAUUGACAUCAGGAGUUGCUGUUUAACAGAGAUCAAGCAGACAGAGGAGAAAUACGCUGAGACCCUGGAGUCUAUAGAGAAGCACUUUAUGACGCCCCUCACCAUGUUUUUACCGCCCGAGCUGGAGAAGGUGUUUGUGAAUAUUCCGGACUUGGUUAAAGUUCACAAGUGUUUACUGCUGGAAAUCCAAGACUCAGUCCACCAUAGAAGUGCCCAAAACCUUUACCAGAUCUUCAUCACUUUCAAAGAGAGGUUGUUGAUCUAUGGAAAAUACUGCAGCCAUGUGGAGACAGCCAUUGCCACCCUGGAUGACAUCUGCAAAAACAGAGAGGAUGUGCGCAUGAAGCUAGAGGAAUGUUCAAAGAGAGCCAACUACGGCAAAUUCACACUGAGGGAUCUGCUAGUGGUCCCAAUGCAGCGGGUUUUGAAGUAUCACCUCCUCCUGCAGGAACUGGUGAAGCACACUCAUGAUGCCACUGACAAGAGUAAUCUACGGACGGCAUUAGAUGCCAUGAAGGACUUGGCUCAGUACGUUAAUGAGGUCAAGAGGGACAAUGAGACGCUGCGAGAAAUAGAUCAGUAUCAGAAGUCCAUCGAAAACCUGAAUCAGCCUCUGAGUAACUAUGGGAGACCCAAAGGUGACGGGGAGGUACGGGUGGCCUCGGUGGACAAACGAGCUAAACAGGACAGGCACAUCUUCCUGUUCGAUGCAGCCGUCAUUGUCUGUAAGCGACGAGGAGACAACUAUGAAAUGAAGGAAGUAAUUGACCUGCACCUCUUCAAGAUCACCAACAACCCCACAUCGGACAAGGAGAACCGAAAGUGGUCCUACGGAUUCUACCUCACGCACAACCAGGGCCAGAGCGGCUUUGAGUUCUUCUUCAAGACCAAAGAGAUGAAAAAAAAGUGGCAGGACCAGUUUGGCAUGGCCAUAUCGAACAUUCGUCCUGAGAAUGCAAAUAACAACUUCCACGAGUUUCGCAUGCACACCUUCGAAAGAAUCACCUCCUGCAACUCUUGCCACAUGCUGCUGAGGGGCGUCUUUAACCAGGGCUAUUUGUGCUCCAAGUGUGGUUUAGGUGCUCAUAAAGAAUGCCUGGGUCGCUUUGGCUGCUGCGGAAAAACAGAUUCCGGCUCCGUCAGAACUCAGGGCAAAGAUCGAGAUCCAGGUCUGCCCAAGAUGCUGGUAAUCAGGAACUACUUUGGUGUGCCGAGCCCCACUUCUGGUCCAGCGCUCAGCAUCCAGACGGGUGACAUCAUUGAAUUAAUCUGCGCCGACAUUCACAGCCCCUGGUGGCAGGGCAAAAUCCUGUCGACGAAAGAGGUUGGCUUCUUUCCAAGCGACGCUGUGAAGCCUUGCCCAUGUGUCCCGAAGCCUGUUGAUUACUCCACUCAACCAUGGUUUGCGGGUCCUAUGGAGAGGCUCCAGGCAGAGGCAGAACUCAUCAACCGGGUCAACAGCACCUACCUGGUCCGCCAUCGCAGCAGAGAGUACACCGAGUACGCCAUCAGCAUAAAGUACAACAACGACGUGAAGCACAUAAAGAUCCUGACCAAGGAGGGCUGCUUCCACAUUGCAGAGAACAAGAAGUUCAGGAGCAUAUUAGAGUUGAUUGAGUACUACAAACACCACUCCCUGAGGGAAGGUUUUAGGAGUCUGGACACCACACUGCAGUUUCCUUACCGGGAACCAGAGAACGCUGCUAUGCAUCGCCUCAACCGAUCAGGGGGAAACAUGUUUACCCCCAAAGUGAUCGGUGUGGCGAUAGCGAGGUACGACUUCAGUUCACGUGACACCCGGGAGCUGUCGCUGCAGGAGGGAGACGUGGUUAAGAUCUACACCAAGUCAGGAGCCAAUGGCUGGUGGAGGGGCGAGGUCAACGGCAGGGUCGGCUGGUUUCCAUCCACGUACGUUGAAGAGGGUGAGGAGUGAAAGGUCCGAUAUGGGAAGAAGAGUAAGAUGAAAGAAGAACGGCAGCGGAGGAGUAAGCAAACUGAGCGCAUAACAGUGACAAACAGAGUGAGCUUCUGCACCGCUGCUCGCUCCAGUGUUACUUUUCAGAGCAAAGCAGACGGAUUCACUCUCCUCCACGGUGCCCUGUUGCCUAAAACCAUCCCGGAGGCCUUUGGGAGAGAAAAGGGCUAUAGUACAUUGCAGAUGCAAAGAUGCCCAAUCAUUUCUGGUUGACUCUGUGUGGCUAAGCGACUCCACCAACUAGCAGCUUGCCUGUCAGCGGGGCACAAGCCCUCGCCAGACACCCCCACCCUCUCCCUCCUUACUUCGCCCACCCAUCCAUAAUUCAUCCUUCGCUCCCUUCCUGUCUGCCCCAGCCAGCCGCAGACCCCCAACUCCCACCUGUUUCCACCUGCCAAGUCGGCCGUCGCCAAAACUGUCAGAAGCAGAUACUCAAAGGCUGCUCUUCCAUUCAUGCGCUCAUCCGUCCAUCCAUUCAUCCAUCCAUCCUCCCCGCCACUCCAUGUGGGAAUAGAGUCAUGUGACAGCUGGAAGAGACCUACACUGUAAAGUUUUUUUAUCCUUUCAUUCUCCUCUCAUUCUGAAGGAAUUUCAGUCAGUUUUGACCUUGCCUGUGUGUUUGUUCCACUAAUGCAGGUGGUUAUUGAUGACUUGAUGACCCAGAUUCAUACACACACACACCACCCACCUCUCUUCCCCUUCAGAUUACGAUCGCCACACACUCACUCUUACAAGAGAUGUGAGAGAGGGAUGGCGUCGGAUAGCAUCGCUGCACAGUGCCAGCAAUUGAUCGCUGUUGUUCCUAUUUUCCUCCCACCUCCUACAUUCUUUAUCUCCGGCACAGCUUCUCAUGUUUUCAGUUGUCUUGGCCGUUGGCGAAUGGGGCUCUUGUUGACAGAGCUGCCACCGAUAAGAGCAGAGGAUCGCUGAGGGUUUAUCUUAUUGGAGGCAUUAGCAGCUUGUCGCAGAGUCUGGAAGCCACCUGCCCCCUGAACCUGUAACAUAAGAGAAGCAGAUGAAACACAGACACAGUCCAGCUUUGUUCUCCUUAGCUUGCAGUCUCCUUUUUUUCAUUUUUUUUACAGCAUGCUUUGAAUUAUUGUCGAAACCUAGAUUUGUACUUUUGCAGCAUUUUCCACAAAAGAAAUUUGCAUCACCUUAAUGGAGAUUUUGUGUCUUGUAACUGUACAUGCAGCUCCAGAGCUAUCUUCUCAAGACUACAAUUUUGGUAUUCCAUUUAAAAAUGUUAGUUUUUCGGAAACCUUUCUGUGCUGCUUAUAUCUUCCUGCUAACUGUCCUCCCUCUCACCUCCUCUCCCUUCUGCAUUCCAUCUUCACCUCUCAUACACUUGGUGCAACAAUGUCUCCUUAAUCCACAGUGAAAGAGGAUUUUCCCACUUUUAAAGGAAUAAUACCUUUACAGGAAGACACGCUGCAUGGCACACCAGUAAUGUCACGUUCACUGGAAAAGGAGGCAAAGAACACAGAUCCAAAGUAGUGAUCAACUUAAGUCUGGAGCUGGGAACGGCUCGGCUUUGUGCAGCGGCGUCGCUUUUCUCUUAUAUCGAGAGACGUUUUUCGCUGUAAAGCAAACGUCAAAAUAUACAUCGCUGUCUUUUUAGCAUAAUGGAAAUUUUACUCAACUGAUAGUUAAUGAGCCAAUGGUAGAGUGAUGUUCACACUACAUUACAAGGGACUCGUUCUCUAGUGUCCUCAGUUUAAAGUUCUACAUUUCCUGCGUUCCUCCUCAGUUACACCUAUGCAUGACGUUUUUAAAAUCAUCCAUGUUCUCAUUUUUAAGUCAUAAUUUAACAUGCCGUGUACAUAUAAUACAAUUAUAUCUGCCAGUGAAACAUGGGGUUGUUUGUUAUGGCGCAGCAUUUCCUAGUUCACACUUUAAGUGACUAUAUAGUGACAUUAUGGUGGACAUUGGGUUAUAUUAAAGUUUAACCACUAGAUAAGAUCAAAGAAGCCGUCAUGUGGCUAACUAGAGGAUCCUGCCUGGAAAGAGCCCUCUGAGCCGUCAUUCCAAUCAAAGCUACUUCCCCUCCCCUGUCAUGUUUUCAUUGUGUUCAUGCCACUGGUUAUUGCGCUGGAAAUACGUUUUGUGAAUUUAAGUGAGACUGUAUUGUAAAGAUAUGCUUUUGUAUGCACUUAAUGGAGCCAUUAUGUUUGAAAAUCAUUAACAACCCCUGCCAGCCCUGUCACUCUACUCCUUUAUGAUGUAUGGCAAAGAUUUUUUUUGUUCUCAGUCACAUUGCGUCACCACUGGACUGAAGAAAUGUGUCAAAAUGGGCCGUAUUAAUGCACUUUUGCGUUCCCUUUCCCAGUGUUCAUCUUGUCAACAGUGUCUUUAAGUGACCACUAGAUGGAAGCAUCCCAAAUGCAGCGCCUCUUCUCCGAGCACAAACCUUCAACUUGAUAAAGUUUGGAGAUGACAUCAUCUGAUUAGGAGCUGAACAAUAUUUUUAAAAAGCAGCAAACCUCAGGCUUGUUGCUGAGUGUGAGAAAAGGAACACGACUAAGUCAUCAGAGUGUUCUAGACUGAGGUUUUUCUAAAGGUGUCUCAUCAGACUGUAAAUAUCUGUUGAUAUGAUAUGAAAUUAUUUGUAGAAUACGGUGCAGUUAUCACAAUAUCAGUACUGACUUUCACUUCAACGUCACAUCUUCAGGAAAGUUUGAGUCCAGUAAGAACUCUUAGGUUUCUACUUCCCAAUAUGUCUGCAGUGACUGAACAGUCAAAACUUUAAUUUAUGACAUCUUUAGAGAAUCUUAGAGAGAGCUGUGCUGCAGAAAAGGCACAAAUGUGAUCCAACGCAAGCUUCUCUUCCAUCUUGGGAGAACUGGAGAGCCAGAGUGGGCUUCUUUAAUCGGAGACUCGGUAAUCCACUCCUGCUCUCCCUCCUCCGCCCAGAUGAACUCUGACAGCGGAGCCAUUUACAACUGCAGGCCGCCUUCUCCACCAAGUGCGCUUCCAGAUUUUUUUGUGCGCAGGAGGGACGGGAGGAAGGCUCAAGGGUAUCUGUGAUCUAAUCAUUACACCAUCUCCUCACCUCAGCGACCUCGCUGCAUUCAUCUCUCUGUCGGCUCCCCUCUCUCCGUGUCACUUCCCUCCUCUCUCUCUCUUUACUGCUCUCUUUCCCCAUCUAUCUUUCAUCCAAUCUCUGUCUUCUCGGUUUCUCUCUGUAUUCUGUCCCUCACCCUGAUGCUCUGUAGGCUGUAGCCGUCCCUGCUGUAUGUUGGCGGAAGGAAAAUGGAAGAUUCAGUAUUAUUGGGAAAGGAAGGAGAGUGGCGCCCUGUAUCUCUAGACAAGCACAGCAAAAUGAGGACUGGUUUAAUUUUACCACAAAUUAAUAGGCUCGGAGAAAUGAUGCCAAUUACAGAAUGAAAUACAAUUUGCUCGCACCACUGUUAUCUCCUCACGUACAGUGUGUGCACAGAUUAUGUCCGUAUGCGUAGGCACAUCCCACCUACAUGAGGAAAAGCAUCUCGCCAGGAUUCAGGGCUGGACUGAACAAACAGCAGUCACUCACACAUGAAGGAAACAUGCCAUAAUCAUACACUCCUGUCUUUUGUUUUGCUGUCAGCGCUCCGUCUUGACUGAAGUUUGCAUCCAUGUCAGUGUUUUGUAAUCCCAGUGAAGCCAAAGAUGUACGCUGUACUUACUGUACGCUCAAUGUUAUGUCUCAUAACCACGGUACCCGACCGCUGUGGCCUAACUCUAAAACCGUGCAAUCCUGACUGUGUAGCAUAACCCUGUAUUUUUGCUGUAUCAUACUGUAAAUGAUGUACAUAGCACAUAAUAAACAUAUACACUGCUUCUUCUAA